AGAUAUGGCUCUAAUCCCCAUCAAGCUAAAACUUCGAUUCCUCACCUCCCAAGAAAGCAAAAAAUCAUAUUUAUUUGUCCAAAUGUAAAGCAACAUCACCAACUUUGAAAACCCCAUUUGUCAACAGACUCAAUACGCAGCUUUACGGCAUAAUUUAAAGAAAAAACGGUUUUUUUAUUCCCAAAUCUGAACUAUUUUUGUCCAUUUUCCGUCUCAGGCAAUUAUAGCAUUUUCAGAAAAGGAAAAAUCCUGAAUUUUCGGUACCAACCGAGUCUCAGAGACUUUUAGUUUGGACUGGUGGAUACACUUAAAAUUAGUCUUUCGCGUGUGAGAUUUUUUUUUUUUUGCAUACACAUUUAUUGUUUUUAUCUGCAGAUUUACGGAAUCCCAUUGGCGGGUUUCUGCUGAGAAGAAAACGAAGCGGGAGAGCUUGGUUCCUUUAUUUUGUUUGGGGAAUUUUUUUUUAUUUUCUAUGAAGUGGGCUUUUGUCAAUUUGGCGUGAAUUGAAAACCCAUUGAGGGAUAUAGAAAGAAUUGAACAAUCUUGUGGAUUGAAGGGGGUUUGAUGGGUUUUGGGGGAGAAACGAUGAAGUUGAAGUGAUUGCAUCGUUAAGAAGAGCUUGUCAUGGGGAGUUUCCUUGGUGGGGUUGUAUUACCCUUGCUGUUUUUAACAGCUGCUCUACUCAGUUGGAGUUUGAUAUCUCUUGUUGAUUUGAUUGUUUUUCUUCUCAUCCAAUUCACAAGACCAAAAACAGGUUUUCGUUUUCGAAGGCGACAUCUAUUAUUGUGGUUUGUUGUUAUCUUUUCCAUACUUGUUAUUCUUUCGCAAGUGACAUUUCUUAUUAUUUGGGCGGUUGAGGGGGGUAAAUGGAGUAUGGAAGAUGCUUGGUGGGUGAAGGUAAUUGGAUUCAUGAGAGUCAUGUCCUGGAGAUUUCCCUCUGCGAUUUAUUUCUUGGUCAUACAAUUACUAGUGGUUUUUGUUGCUUUGGUGGAGAUUUUUGGGAACAGAUUUGGUCCUACUCCGUGGCGAGAUUCAUGUUGGGGCCGUCUCUUUUCAGCUGUUGAACAUUUAGGUUCUCAUCUGAGGGUUGCUUCUUGCUUGCUGUUUCCUGCUGUUCAGCUGGUUGUGGGAAUUAGCCAUCCUUCUUGGAUUUCUCUACCAUUUUUUAUUGGUAGCUGUGUUGGUCUUGUAGAUUGGUCUCUAACAAGCAAUUUUCUGGGCCUUUUCAGGUGGUGGAGGCCUCUUCAGCUGUAUGCUGCCUUCAACAUUGUCUUUCUUUAUGUGUAUCAGCUCCCUAUAGGGCUCCCUAAGCUUUUCCAGAGAAUAGCCGAUUUCAUUGGUCUAUACAAAAUAUCUGGAAAAUCUGACUGGCCAGAAAUAUGUUCUGCUCUUUCUCUUGUAGUUUUCUACAUCGUGCUAUCCUACAUCAAAUGUGAUUUGGAGGAAAUGGAUUUCAUUAUGUCAACGGGAGAGAGUGACUUGACCAAUCAACUUCUUCCCUCGAAGCACUCAUUUUUUAUUCGUGAAUCAAGAUCUGGUGUAAGGCAUACCAAUGUUCUAUUAAGGGGAUCAGUCUUUCGGACAUUUAGUAUCAAUUUUUUCACGUAUGGUUUCCCGGUUUCCUUGUUUGCCCUUUCUUUUUGGAGUUUUCAUUUCACAAGUGUAUGUGCAUUUGGAUUACUCGCAUAUGUCGGCUAUGUUGUGUAUGCCUUCCCUUCCUUGUUCCAUCUGCAUCGGCUAAAUGGACUGCUGCUUGUCUUUAUUCUCUUGUGGGCUGUUAGCACGUAUAUUUUCAAUGUGGCAUUUGCAUUCCUGGACCUGCAACUUGGGAAGGACAUGGAGAUUUGGGAGAUGGUUGGGCUGUGGCAUUAUCCUAUACCUGGUUUCUUUCUGCUUGCACAGUUUGGUCUUGGAAUUCUGGUUGCUGUGGGUAAUCUUGUUAACAACACUGUUUUCCUCCACUUAUCUGAUGAGGAUGGGCAAUCUUCAAACGAGAACUCUACUGUAGAAGUGAACGAAGAGACCAAGGUAUUGAUUGUUGCUACAAUUGCAUGGGGCCUGCGUAAAAGCUCUCGUGCUAUCAUGCUGGCGCUUAUAUUCCUCAUUGCCAUGAAACCGGGUUUCAUCCAUGCUGUAUAUAUGGUAUUCUUCUUGAUAUAUCUUUUGAGCCACAACAUCAGCAGGAAGACAUGUCAAUCCCUGAUUCUCCUAUGUGAGGUUCAUUUUGCACUGUUGUACAUUCUUCAGCUUAAUCUUAUCUCCAGAACAUUGGAGGAAAAAGGCUCUAUUAGUAUGGAAAUUCUAUCGCAGAUAGGUCUCCUUGAGCACGACCAUUCCUGGGAUUCAUUAGAAAUAGCUAUGCUUGCAUGCUGCUGUGCAGUUCAUAAGCAUGGUUUUGAUGUGCUGUUUUCGUUCUCAGCAAUGGUGCAGCACACCCCAAACCCUCCGAUUGGAUUCAGCAUCUUGAAAGCUGGUUUGAAUAAAUCAGUUCUAUUGUCAAUUUACAGCUCUUCAACUACCAGAGACUGCAAUGAUAAUCGUUCUCAUGAGAGAAGGAUAGCAUCAUUUCUCAGUGCAAUAGGGCAGCAGUUUCUAUCUAUGUAUCGAUCCUGUGGAACGUAUAUAGCUUUUAUGACAAUUCUUCUCGCAGUAUACCUGGUGACACCUAAUUAUAUAUCAUUUGGGUACAUUUUCCUUCUCCUUGUUUGGAUCAUUGGAAGACAACUUGUUGAGAAGACAAAAAGACGUUUAUGGUUUCCAUUAAAAGUGUAUUCACUUCUGGUGUUUAUAUUCAUAUAUAGCUUGAGCAUUUGCUCCAAAUUCGAGAUGUGGUUGUCUAGAGUUAUAGAUCUUUAUCCUAAUUUGGGUUAUAACCCAGAAGCUUCAUUGUUGAAAAAUGUUUGGGAAUCUCUAGCAAUUGUGAUUGUGAUGCAACUUUAUAGUUAUGAGAGGAGGCAGAGUAAGUAUAACAGAUUAGAUGCUCCCCAUCCUGUGCAAUCUGGAAUACUUGGGUUUAUUAGACGGCUUCUGAUUUGGCACAGCCAGAAGAUCUUGUUUGUUGCAGUAUUCUAUGCAUCUUUAUCUCCAGUUAGUGCCUUUGGUUUUGUGUAUCUUCUCGGUCUAGUCAUAUGUUCAACUUUACCUAAAGUUUCUCAGAUCCCAUCAAAAUUGUUCUUAGUCUACACUGGAUUUUUAGUGAUGACUGAGUAUCUGUUUCAGAUGUGGGGCAAACAGGCUGAGAUGUUUCCUGGCCAAAAGCACUCUGAUUUGUCCCUUUUUUUGGGCUUCUCUGUAUUUAAGCCUGGGUUUUCUGGAAUAGAGUCAGGUUUGAGGGGGAAAGUACUGGUGAUCGCUGCAUGUACCCUUCAAUACAAUGUUUUUCAUUGGUUGGACAAGAUGCCAAGUACUCUUCUAAGUAUGGGGAAAUGGGAAGAGCCUUGCCCACUGUUUAUCUCAGAAGAAGAGACCCUGCCUGUUGUUUCGGUUUCUAGUGAGGUGAGUAAGCCAUCAUCAGAUUCCAGCUCUCUGUCUGUAAAAAAGAGGGGGGUGACAAGCUAUUCAUGGCCAUCCUUUAACUUUGGUCUGUCUCAAGAAUCUCAUCCAGUGUCUUCUGAAACGGCUGAAUCUGGAGGUAGUGGCUCUAGAAAGUUUUCAUUUGAGAAUAUCUGGGGAAGCACUAAGGAGAGUCAUAAGUGGAACAAGAAGCGGAUUCUUGCCUUGAAGAAGGAGAGAUUUGAAACACAGAAGACUACAUUGAAAAUAUAUUUCAAGUUUUGGGUGGAGAAUAUGUUCAAUCUGUUUGGCCUUGAGAUAAACAUGAUUGCAUUGCUUCUUGCCAGUUUUGCUUUGUCAAAUGCUAUUUCUAUGCUAUAUAUUGCAGCUCUAGCUGCUUGUGUUCUUCUGAAUCGGCAUAUUAUAUGGAAGUUAUGGCCCGUAUUUAUCUUCUUGUUUGCUUCCAUUCUCAUCCUUGAGUACUUAGCCCUCUGGAAGAAUAUGGUUUCUUUGAGUCCAGACAACCCAAGUGAUACUAAUUUGCAUUGCCAUGACUGCUGGAGAAGCUCUGAUUUAUAUUUCCAUUAUUGCAGAAACUGUUGGCUGGGACUGGUUGUUGAUGAUCCUCGAACGCUUAUCAGCUAUUAUAUAGUCUUCAUGCUUGCAUGUUUCAAACUUCGUGCUGAUCACUCGUCCAGUUUCUCAGGGCCAUUUACAUAUCAUCAAAUGAUGUCUCAACGUAAGAAUAUAUUUGUUUGGAGAGAUCUUUCAUUUGAAACUAAAAGCAUGUGGACUUUCCUUGACUACCUGAGGCUUUACUGUUAUUGCCAUCUUUUGGAUCUUGUGCUGGCUUUGAUUUUGAUUACUGGAACCCUCGAGUAUGACAUUCUGCACCUUGGGUACCUAUGUUUUGCUCUAAUUUUCUUUCGGAUGAGACUCAAAAUACUAAAGAAGAAGAAUAAAAUUUUCAAGUUCUUGCGCAUAUACAACUUCUCAAUCAUUGUUCUUUCUCUUGCCUAUCAAUCUCCUUUUGUGGGGGAUUCCAGUGCUGGGAGGCAUAAAACGAUAGAUUACAUAUAUGAGGUGAUUGGAUUUUACAAAUAUGAUUAUGGGUUUAGGAUUACUUCAAGAUCUUCACUGGUUGAGAUUAUCAUAUUUAUGCUGGUAUCCCUGCAGUCAUAUAUGUUUUCCUCCCAUGACUUCGAUAACGUGUCACGGUAUCUUGAAGCAGAGCAAAUAGGUGCCAUUGUACAUGAGCAAGAGAAAAAAAGUGCAUGGAAAACUGCACAGUUAAAGCAUAUUCGGGAAGCUGAGGAGAGCAAACGCCAGCGUAACUUGCAAGUAGAGAAAAUUAAAUCUGAGAUGCUCAACCUACAAACCCAGCUUCAUAGCAUGAACUCUAAUACAAAUUUUGAUGAAGCUUCUCAUUGUAUUGAAGGUUUAAGGAGGAGAAGUACUUCUCUUAAUUCAAAUAGGGACACUGGGGCCCCUGAUAAAGGGGAAGGCAUUCUUAGGAAACAAGAGCAGAGUUUCUGUACAGACUUGAUAUUCCCUUCUGAUUUGCAUGAUUUUCCUGCUACGGAGAGUCCAUCUGCGAUCAAGAAUACAGAGCAUCCAAUGGAAUAUUCUCUUUCUGAGAUCACUGAGCUUGGCGAGGAUUCUGCUGAUGGAGCCUUAGUUGACUCAGAAAAAAGAGAGAAAGUUAAAAGUCAAGUAAAGGAAAGCCCGUUAAUUUCUGCAGUGCAGCUGAUAGGUGAUGGUGUUUCCCAGGUGCAAUCCAUUGGAAAUCAGGCAGUUACCAACCUGGUGAGCUUCUUGAACAUAGAGCACGAAGAUUCAGAUUCAAAUGAACAAUAUUCUUCUGAGAAUGGGAUACAUGACACGAUUGAGGGUCAAAAUUUGAGGUACACAUGUUUGAACCAUUCAUCUUCUUUUCAGUCUGAUAAGAGCAGAACCACGUCCGAUGCUGCCAGUCUGCAGAUUGGAAGGAUCUUCCGUUACAUAUGGUCUCAGAUGCGAUCCAAUAAUGAUGUUGUGUGUUAUUGUUGUUUUGUUCUUGUCUUUCUUUGGAACUUUAGUUUGCUCUCUAUGGCCUACCUUGCAGCCCUCUUCUUGUAUGCUCUCUGUGUGAAUAACGGCCCAAGUUAUAUGUUCUGGGUUAUUAUGCUUAUCUACACAGAAGUAUAUAUUUCGGUUCAGUACCUUUAUCAAAUUAUCAUUCAACACUCUGGGUUGAGCAUCCAAUCAAGCAUACUUCAUGAGCUAGGGUUUCCUGAGCAUAAAAUUAUGUCAUCUUUUGUUAUCAGCUCAUUGCCUCUUUUCUUAGUCUACUUAUGUACCCUCAUACAGAGCUUUAUAACUGCAAAAGAUGGUGAGUGGAUGUCCUUUACAGAAUUCAAUUUUUUUAAGAGGAGAAUUCUCCAUAGGAAAGAGGUGUUUGUGACUUCCAGCUGGAGUGAGAGAGCACAGAAGCUGCUUCAACCAAUAAUGAAUGUGAUGAAUAUGAUAAUUAGGGGCUUCUCUAGGUACUGGAAAUCACUAACACAAGGAGCAGAAUCUCCUCCCUACUUUGUUCAGUUGUCUAUGGAUGUCCACUUGUGGCCAGAAGAUGGGAUUCAGCCAGAGAAGAUUGAGUCUGGAAUAAAUCAAUUGCUUAAGAUGGUUCAUGAUAAAAGAUGCAAUGGAAAAAACCCUAAUCUUUGCCCGUCUGCUAGUAGGGUUCGCGUUCAAAGCAUUGAAAGAAGCCAAGAAAACCCAAGUCUGGCCUUGGCUGUUUUUGAGGUGGUAUAUGCCUCCCCUUUGACAGAAUGUACACCAACAGAAUGGUACAAGUCUCUGACUCCUGCAGCUGAUGUAGCAAAGGAGAUUCGUGAAGCACAGCAUGCAGGGUUUGUAGAAGAAAUUGGAUUCCCAUACCCUGUACUUUCCAUAAUUGGGGGAGGCAAAAGAGAAAUUGAUCUGUAUGCCUAUAUAUUUGGUGCAGACUUGACUGUUUUCUUCUUAGUCGCCAUGUUCUAUCAAUCUGUGAUUAAAAAUAAAAGUGAAUUUCUAGAUGUGUAUCAGCUUGAAGAUCAAUUCCCGAAAGAGUUUGUAUUUAUCCUAAUGAUUAUCUUUUUCUUGAUUGUGCUUGAUCGCGUAAUUUACCUUUGGUCAUUUGCCAUGGGAAAAGUGAUAUUCUACUUUUUCAACCUCAUCCUCUUUACAUAUUCAGUUACAGAGUAUGCUUGGCACAUGGAGCCUUCUCAUUGGCAUGCAGGAGGAUUAGCACUUCGUGCAAUAUAUUUUACAAAGGCAGUUUCACUGGCACUUCAGGCUAUACAGAUCCGAUAUGGGAUUCCUCAUAAAAGCACUUUGUGUCGGCAAUUUUUGACAAGCAAAGUUUCAAGAGUUAAUUAUUUAGGUUACCGACUUUAUCGUGCUCUGCCAUUUCUUUAUGAAUUGCGAUGUGUACUUGACUGGUCGUGCACAACCACAUCUUUGACCAUGUAUGACUGGCUGAAGCUGGAGGACAUACAUGCAAGCUUGUUCCUUGUCAAAUGUGAUACAGUGUUGAAUAGAGCUUCUCACAAACAGGGAGAGAAGCAAACAAAAAUGACCAAAUUUUGCAACGGAAUAUGUCUAUUCUUCGUACUAAUCUGUGUUAUCUGGGCUCCAAUGCUGAUUUACAGCAGUGGUAACCCAACAAAUGUUGCAAACCUCAUCAAAGAUUGCAGUGUUCAGGUUGAUAUUAAGACAGGGGCUGGAAGGUUAACCUUAUACCAAACCACUCUAUGUGAAAAAAUCCCAUGGGAUAUGCUUGAUGGUGGUGCUGAUCUUGACCCCAAAGGUUAUUUGGAUGCAUUUGAGAAGAGUGAUGUCCAAUUAAUAUGCUGUCAAGCUGAGGCAAGUAGUUUGUGGCUUAUUCCCCAUGUGGUUCAGAACAGAUUCAUUCAAUCCCUUGACUGGGAUAUGGGAAUGGAUAUUACUUUUACUUGGCUGCUUACCCGAGGUAGGCCAAAAGGCAAGGAAGUUGUGAAAUAUGAUACAGAUGUUGAUCAUUUGAAUCUUCCAAAACAAUCAGAUGUCCAGGAAGUUCUCAAUGGUACUGCCAACAGCUUCCGGAUAAACAAUGUUUAUUCGAGAUACUUUCGAGUUACUGGUUCUGGUGAGGUCAGACCUUUAGGACAAGAGGCAAAUGCAGUCAGUGCUGAUCUUGUUCUAAAUCGUGGGAAUUUUGAAUGGUGGUCCUUCCACGAUACUAAUCCUUCGAAUCUAAGUGGAUGUGGAGGGUUGACAGGACCCAUGGCCAUCAUUGCAUCUGAGGAAACCCCUCCGCAGGGUAUUCUUGGUGACACUCUUAGCAAGUUCAGCAUCUGGGGUCUCUACAUUACCUUUGUGCUUGCAGUUGGCCGUUUUAUCAGACUGCAGUGCUCUGACUUAAGAAUGAGAAUCCCCUUUGAGAAUCUUCCUUCUUGCGACAGGUUGAUAGCCAUCUGUGAGGAUAUAUAUGCUGCAAGGUCAGAGGGUGAGCUUGGAGUGGAGGAGAUUCUCUACUGGACUCUGGUGAAGAUCUACAGGUCUCCACACAUGCUGCUCGAAUACACAAAGGUCGACUAGGUUCUGGAGUUGAAUCUUACCUCUAGUCCCCAACAAGUUUCAAAGACUGAAUGCUGAAUUAGGCAUGACUAACACCCGCUUACAGAACAAUAGUAACCAACAGUGAUUGCUAUUCUUUUACCCAGCUCUAAAAUGCUCUCCCAUUGCUUCCCAGUCUCUCAGAAGGAUCUACCAGUUUCGAUGCUAGACUCCAUAUGUUUGUAGGGAUGUCUUGCUUUGUUUUGAAACUCUCGGGUAUUCUGGCUUCUUGUUCGGACAGCAACAAAAUUGAAUAUGAGAGAACAUUUCUUUUGCUAA